GCAAACUAACAUUUGGCAACAACGCAAAUUAUUUUCUUUCAUACUUGUCGUCGCGGUAAUUUCUUGAACGACGCAAGAACGUCGCAUCCCCGGCAAUCCGGUGGCAGUUCUCAUGUUACACCGGUGCCAGAUGGCAUGGCCUUUACCAACGAACUAGGUUGAAGUUGUAAAAUAAUUUUAAAAAGUUGUAGUGUUGGUUUGGUGAAUGUUCUGGUCAAUGCUGAUUCUUGCGGCCGCUGCUGACGCCUGCUGCGACAAUGCUUCUCGACCUCGCCCGGAGGCCGAGGAGCCACCAGCCCGGGACCUACCACACGGGAUCCAACUACCUACAGCCCCAUACCCAGCAAGAAGGAACCCGGCAUUUCAGGCCCGCAGAGCUUACUUUGAACUUCCACCGGCCAAAGACUCUCAAGAGACAAAAAGAAAUGAAGAUUUAUUCGGACAGGACCCUCCCCUGGGACCCUAUCCACCGCUAUCGGACCUAAAAGGGUACAAUUUGCCACCACCUCCAAUACCAAGAUACCAAGGUCAAGAAUUUCCCAGAGAAGAAAGUUUGGAAUAUCUGACACCGCGUGGACAAGGCAUUCUAGAUGGUUUAGCUUAUUAUUUAAAAUCCCACGCGUUAGAACCAAAUAGACCAAGGAUGCAGAACUCCGAUCUCUAUCCAGGGUUGCAACAAAACGGGGGGUACAGACCCAUGAACCCAUGGUAUGGACUACCAGUACCAACUGAACCCAGCUAUCUGCCGGGGCUUCAGCAAGGGAUAAGACCACUGAACGUGGCGUAUGGAGAGCCAGCAGUGCCAACCGCUAUGGGCCCGUAUUCUCAGCGAAGGCUGAAGCCGAUGCAAUUCUUUCCAACGCAAGGUCAAACGCAGCUCGCACCGCUGCGAGAUAUCGAGUCCCCUAAAAAGAGAAACAAGCCACGUUUCCACAGCUGGGCGCUGAGUGCUCCAGGACGCGGCCGCGGCCAACCGCUGUCGCUAGAGCAGUUCGGGCCGCUCGUGCCGCCGCAGUUACGCAGCGGGAACGACCCUUAUCAGGCCCGGGUGACAACAGAGUACUCCGAGGAGAAGAUCUACGUGAGGCCGGUCACACGAGGGACAUUCGUGACGCAUGGCCUGUUAUGGCAUUUAACCGAAACGACGACACGAUCUCCGCCCCCGUUGUUGAGAGAGGACGACGGAUUGGUGGCGCAGUUUGCCCCCGAAUCGGAUGACGGGUCGAUUUCCAGUGAGGAGCGCAAACAACUGCCGAAGCUCCCACCAGGCCUGCCAAACACAUUCGACAAUAUAUUUGAACAUUAA